AUGGAUAUUAUUCAAAAGAUGGUUUUUAAGUCUAAGCAACAACCGCUCGUUCCCAUUGGAGCACUCGCAACUACCGGAGCGAUUAUUUUAGCUUCCAAAUCUAUCCGUCGUGGAGACCGGAUCAAGACCCAGAUCUACUUUCGCUACAGAAUCGGGUUCCAACUUCUUACGUUGGUUGCACUUGUUGCUGGUGGUUUGUACUACCAGACAGAAACCGCUCAGCAGAAGCAAACUAGGGAAGAAAAGUUGAGAGACAAGGCCAAACUUCGGGAGAAGCUUUGGAUCGAGGAAUUGGAGCGGCGGGACGCUGUUAUUCAAGAACGGAAAAAGCGGUUGGAGGAAAGCAAGGCCGAGUUGCUCGAGGUUGCGCAGCAGGGAUUUGAAGAAGCGAGGGAGACGGAAACAAGAGAGGCUCAAUUGAAGAAGGAAGAAAUUGAGGAGAAGGAGAACUGA